CUUAUUAGAAACACGGAUUAUUGAUACAAUCGCGUUAUUGAAACAAAAUGUACCAGGACGGAUCGCCCGUAUAUUAGGACAUUUAAAUCGCUUAUUAGAAACAAUCGGUUAAUUGACACAUUUCACUUUGGUCCCAAAGUGUUUCUAAUAAGUGGCUUCUACUAUAUUGUAAUUUUAUUGAAUUUUUGUUUUGAUAUUUGGUUAAAAAUAAGACAUAAUGAAAAAUUUUCGUGGGGGCGUACUGGACCCCCCCCCCUUAGACACGGCUUUGCUCAGUUGUGAAAUUGUAUUUGUAUAUUAUUAUUAUAAUAAUAUAAUAUCGAAAAUUUAAAUAUUUUUAAAUUCGGCGGCCAGUGAUAAAUGUAAUUUAUUGUUUAUUCUAAGCUAAACUGAUAUGAUAUAUUUCAUCCAUGAUAGUGAUAUAAACUUUUUUUUUUCUAGUGAUAUAAACAGUUUUUAUUUACUAUACUAUUGGUCUGUCAGCUGUCUUAACUCCUAAAUCCUAAUUUACUGACGGAGUUGUAAUUCUAUAACGAAACGUACGAGGCACAAUAUUUAAGCACGAACUACGAAACACAAACUAUAGCAAUCCAUCUUUAACCGUGGUUGUACGGGACGGACGUUCUGACUUACUGAGCGCCUGCCACCUAAGCGUAUUUCACCGUCUCGCUAUGCUUUUCUCAUCUUGUAACUUGCAGUUGAAUUUUUAGUUAUGAUUUUCCAAUUAAUGUCUUUCUAUCGAUCUUUGCCAAAUACUGCCUGAUACUCGUAAUAUUAAUAAAACAAUUAAAGUUAAUAACGAACGACUCGCAUUUAGAUCGUCGCCCUGACGUAUCGUUCGGUUCGUGGCUCAAAUAUUUACUACUAUAUCAUUAUAACGUGAUAUCAAUAAAUCGAGUUUAAGUUCGUCGCAAGUCACAAGACCACUAUAGCCCAGACGGCAUACACUUAACUAGUCUGCCUUAGUCUACACUUAAAUUGGUGUGGUUUGCGGACCUAUUGCCUCCACUGAUUAGUGCUUGCCUUUAGGUUCGUACUAAGUUGGAUACAACUAGAAAUAAAAAGAAAUUUAAAAAUGAAUAUCUACAUUAAAUGUCCAUGUAUGCGUCGUGAAAACCCUAAAGACCGUGUAUGUUUUUCUAAUGGUUGUGAUAAGCGCACUGUAUUUACAUUAAGUAAAAUGGCAUAUAAUGCUUGUAUUGACAUUCAGAAAAAAGAGUACAACAGAAUUAGAAAUGCACCGGAAGUUGACAUUCAGAACUGUUGUCGCAAAAUAUUGGAUGCCAUUAAAAGAGAUAUUGAUUUGCCAUACUAUGAUCAAAAUCAUACAGAAUGUAUCUAUACAUAUCGUGAGAACUUUAAGGUUGCAUGUUUUGAAGCUGCAAGAGUUGGGCAUAUGGACUGUUUAAGAUUUGCCCAUGAAAAUGGAUUUGAGUGGACCACUAGGACAUCCAAGAAGGCUGCAAAAAAUGGACAUCUUGACUGUUUAGAAUAUGCGCAUGAGAAUGGGUGUCCAUAUGGUGAUACCAUUUUAAAAUACUCUGCUAAAGGUGGACACUUAGAAUGUAUGAAGUACUUACAUAAAACUGGAUGUAAAUUGACCAAUUUAGCAUGUUCUGCCGCUGCAGAAGGUGGUUUUUUAAAAUGUUUAAAAUUUGCUCAUGAAAUAGGAUGUCGAUGGGGAAUAAAGACAUGCACCAAAGCUGCAGCUGGUGGCUACUUGGAUUGUUUAAUAUAUGCGCACAAUAAUGGAAGUGUCUUAACCUUGGAAACAUGCGCUGCAGCAGCAAGAGGUGGACAUUUGAAAUGUUUAAAAUAUGCACACCGAAAUAGAUGUAGAUGGGAUCAAGAAACAUCUAAUAAUGCUGCCCUUGGAGGACAUUUUAAGUGUCUAGUAUAUGCACAAAAACACGGAUGUCCGCUGGGUCUAAAUAUUUUGGAAAAGGCUGCAAUAGGUGGAAGUUUGGACUGUAUGAAAUACUUAUAUAGAAUAGGAUGUCAGAUAGGAAGAUUAACAUGUGCCACUCCUGCAAAAUACGGGAACUUAGCAUGCUUAAAAUAUUGCCGUAAAAUUGGAUGUGAAUGGGGAAGAAAUGUGUGCACCAAAGCUGCAGCUCAUGGCCACUUAGCAUGUCUCAUCUAUGCCCAUGAAAAUGGUUGUAGUAUGACCUGUUCCACGUGCACGGCCGCUGCACGAAAUGAUCAUUUAGAUUGUUUAGAGUAUAGUCGAAAGUUUGUAGUUUAGUGGCAGUAAGAUGAAGCGUAAGUAAAUACGCUUCAACAUUUUGAUUUAAGAUUAUACUAUUUGCCUAAGAAAUUUUAAUGAGUUAAAACAAAGGGUAUACAUUUUAUGAAUAAAACUAAAUUUAAAAUAAAAUUAUAAAGGAGAAAUAAUCAAACAAUUUUCUAAUUUUAUGAUAAUGUAUAUAGUAUUAAAAAUUUAUCUUGUUAGGUUGAAAUCUCAUUCAGUGUAAUGAACGAUUCUGACCAAUAUGAAAUUAUUUAUGAAAAUUUAUGUCAAAUGUUAUUUAAUGUAUUUAGCUCCCAGUGUAAAAUGUAAAUAUGUGACUAUUUAUAAAUCUUAUGAGUUAUGAUAUGCGUAAUUAGUAUUUACUAUAUUUUGUCUUACUUGCAAAGUGCAAAUUAUUUAAUUAUAUAUUCUAUAUUUAUCAUAUUAAUCAGAGGCGCCCGCAGAGAGUGGCCAUUGCACCCACUGGGAUUUUUUUAAUGAACAAAAAAAUCAUAGUAUAAUAAUGUAAAUAUGUGACUCAGUGGCGGAUCUAAGUGGGGAGGGGGGUAAUAGGGCAAAUACCCCCCUUGAGCUUAUUUUAUAAAAAAUGAUUACAUUGUUACUUGUGAGAAAUACUAGUUCUAUUCAGCGUUACAUAUCGUUAUAACGAUUAUAACACAUACACCACCCCAGCCCCACCCAUUUGGAAUUUUUGAAAAUUUCAUUUACCAUUAUUUAGUACGUAAUUUGUAUGAUAAUUUUCAAAAUUUGUACGGUUUCGGUUUACCCGUUAUUAACAAAAAAUAAUGGGUGGGGCUGGGGUGAUGUGAUUUCAGCUAGGUUAAAAAUUAUAAAAUAAUGAUCACAACUACACCAUCUUUUAGCAUGUAAUUUGUAUGAAUUUGUACGACCGUUUUUAAAAUUUGUACGAUCUUCGUUCGGCGUCAAUCGCAAAUACUUAAAAACCACCGUCACCCCAGCCCCACCCCUCGUCUAAAUUUCCGUGUUUUCGAAUUUAUUCCAGUGUUAUGUCUUAGUACGUAAUUUGUAAUAUAUAACGUUCGUUUUUAAUAAAUGUAACAGCAAAGCAGGCAAUUUAGUAAAAUAUCCUCUUGUUUCCUUUUCUAAACUUAUUGGAAAAAAUGGAACACUUAUAAGAUAUGAAAAUACUAUAUCAUGAUAUAGUGAUCAUAGGUUAAAACAAGUACCUUAAGGAAAAUCGUUCACGAUUAUUACCAAUCGUUGAUACUAUUAUUACUAUGGGUAAACAAAACAUACUAUUUAGAGGUCAUAGAUAUGACAGAAAUCUGCUUGAUGAACCCGAAAACUCUAGUCUGGGUACAAUAGUUUGUAAGAAUAUAUUCAAAAUAAUGAUAUUAAAAAGUAUGUUAUUAAGUAUGAAUAGUAUCUGUUGGAUACAUUUUAAUUACCCCCCCCCCCCUUGAUAAAUUUCUAGAUCCGCCCCUGAUGUGACUACCUAUGAAUGUAUGACAUAAAUUUAAUUUUGCACCCACUGAGCUGAUUUUUUGUGGGCGCCCCUGAUAUUAAUCUAUUUUGAGUAUUAUUUAAUUUGACCAUCUAAGAAAUGAUUAAUCAACUUUGAAAUUAUAAACCUGGAUUCACUAUUCAGUGUAAUCACUAAUCACAAACUAUUUUUUUUUUUUACUUUUGUAUUAUACAUGUAAAAUAGAUGGCCAAUUCUUAAUUAGUUUAAUACAAUGAACAGACUUAUUAUUAGAGGGAAAAGUGAAAAUAAUUUGAUAUUGGGGUUAAAAGAAAUCAAACCAGAUUUUGAAAUUUUAUGGCUAUAAUACAAUUGAAUCUAAAAAAAAGCUAUUUUUUCAAUUCAAGAUAAAUCUCAUGAUAAUUCCUUAAAAAUAAGUCAAAUAUUUUGAAAAUAGUACUGAAAUCAAUUAAUCGUCGUUCUUAAUAGAAACCUUUUUUGACUGCACACAGAAGAUCUAUUCUUCAUAGUUUUGUAAGAUUCCUAAUACAUUUAAGUUUAAAAUAUAAGGCCUCACUAACAUUUAAAUAAAUGUUAUUUAAAAAAAUUUUAUAAUUUAUUUUAACAUCCCUACUAAAGACAUGGUUAGAAAUGUGGAGUAGGAAAUAAGCCAACAAUUAUUAACCUCGCCAAAUGUUUUUUGUGAUUAUUGAUUACCUAUAUACCUAUUGAUUUUUGAUAGUUAAUAAUAAUAAUAAGUUAUAUUAUAAGUUAAAAGUUGUAUAGAAAAACAAUUGUAUUGUUAGUACAUACCUGUAAAAAUUACUUAGGAGAUAAAAUAAUGUACAGUGGAGUACAUGCUGAUGGGAGCGGGGGGAGGGGGUGGAAGUUCAAACCACCCACUUAGUAUUUUUUUUACUAUAUUAUGUAUAUUUGUAUGAAACAAAGUUAAAAAUUAUGUAUAAUUAUACAUACAAAUAUAUUUUUUUUAUAUGUAUACCUACCCAUUCCCAAUAAAAAUAUUUGUACUCCACUAGUAUAGGUACCUAAUGUACUAAUGUAUGUUAUGUAUAUUGUUAUCGAAAACUGUUCAGCGUUCAUAGAAAUUUAUAUAUAUUAUUACAAAUUACAAGUGACAAUAACACUUCAAAUCCUGUUUAGCAUCUGCAACUAUUUACAAGUACAAUAUAAUUAUUGUUACUUAUGCGAAAUUUUUAACACUAUACUAAUCAAUUUUAAAUAAUAUAAAAUGCCAAUAUAUAUAUUAUAAA